AGUCCUCAUCUUGUAUAGAAGAUGUUCUCGUGAUUUAGCUUUAUUUGUUGUCUCAAAUCGUGCUAAAUCUUUGAUUCCCGAGCGUUUUUCUUUUUCCCUAUUUUCGGAACUAUUUUUGGGGAUUUUUCGUUCAUCAUGUUUGAGCCCGAAUCUCGUGAGAUUGGUUGAAGGGAAAUGUUGCUAGGACCUUGGAGAGCAUUCGUGAUAUGAUCCCCUUUCAAAUCCCUCACGAAUCCGGCUUGAUUUUGAGUUUUUCCCAAAUCGCGUUCUUGAGUUAGGGUUUCGGUUUUCUCCAAAAUCCGUGAUGGAUACUUGAGCUUUUUGAGAUCUUUUUCAUGGAUCCAUUAGCCCUUGUGGUUGCGCAUCUAUGGCUCAAGUUUCGUCUCGAUUCAUGGAGUAUUGAGGAUAGAAUUUUAAAUUGAAGUUCGAACCGAGUUCUCGGUGCCUUUUGUUUUCUUUCUGUUCUUCAGGUCGAGCAGCAGACGAGAGGUCCGUGACGGCGCACGCAAGUCUGCACCAGAGCAGCAGGCCAGCAAGUUGCGCAGCAGGCCGGGCAAGCCGCGCUGCAGGCCAGCUCGUUACCUGGGCCGGAACGGAUCUGGUGGCCCAAGCUGCAGCGGCAGGUGCUCGCGGGCCAGGCUUUCAGCAAUUCCAGGCAAGCACCCGCAGGCCAUCCAGUGGCAGCAAGCCUGCCACUCACGCAAGGAGCAAAUCAACUACAUGUGUGGAGUAUGACAGGGAACAUAGGCCCACCAUGACGGAUGUGCUUGCGAUGCUUAUUUGUCCGGCUCUAAAAUGGCCAUGGGGCAUCGAGUAGGGUGGAAGCGGCCUGCAACCUUAUUUGUCCGGAUUGCUUGUGCCUCUGGUUGUCUCUAAAGAAGAAACAUGUGCCUCUUGUGACGUGACUUGACCACUUGAAUUACUUUUUACACCCCUUCUCACUUGUAUUGAAAAAGAAGGCAAGAGGCAUAACACAUCCUUAUCUAGAAUGUCUGGUCAUUGCCUGCUUGAGCUCUCUUCCGAUGAGGUACUGAUGACAACGACUCACCCAAUUAAUAGCCAGCUCACUUAUAUAAUUCAUGGUGAGAAGAGGGUCACUUUCCUUACCCCCGUAACCAAACAACACCAACGCGUACUGGCGUGCGGGAUUAGCAUUAGCAGGUUAUGAGUUGUUUGUGUCAUGGGGCGCUGAAUCAUUUGCAAACUCGUCCAUCAUCAGCCGCAGCUCAAUGGCGGAUCCCCUUGGCGAAGCUUGACUCUACCUACCUGGUGCACGCAGUUGGGAUCGACGUGCAGAGCCGCGGAGCGCAAGUCCACCAACUGCUGCAUGCGUGCAGGCUUCGUGAGCGGCAUCCGGAUCAAGGACAGGAUACGGAAGGCCUGAGGUGUGAAGCGAAGGCAAAGAAGAAAUAAGUCUUGAAGAUUAUUGUUGUUGCAGUCAACCGCACAAGAGCAAGAUGGCUGACAUUGCAUUGGGCAGCGUGGGGAAGAUCGUUGAAAUCGCACUCAAGAUCAAGGAGGCCGUGGAGACGGUUAAGCAGAACGAGAAGGAGUGCCACGACAUCCAGAGGUGCGUUGCCAGGGUCAGCGCUCUCCUCAGGAAGCUUGACGAGAUGACGGAGACGAUGAAGGACGAGGUGAUGCGUGACGCACUCGAGGAUCUGGCCGAAUCCCUGGAACGCGCCCUCGAGCUCGUCACGGAGUGCCAGCGGAAGCACAUCUUUCGCCGCUUCUUGGGAGCAGGGGACAUGGCCAAGGAGCUGGGCCGGGUCCAGGAUGAUAUAGUGAGGAAACUGCAGCUGGGGAACUUCGCCACCAAUGUCCAGACCACCAUCAUGGUGACAAACAUCCAAUCUGCUGGUGGUCCUCCUCCUCCACCCCCACCCCAACGGGAAGUGAUUAUUGAUGGCUUCACAAUGUUCAGUUUAUCUGAAUUGAAAGCCGCUACAGAGAACUUUUCGGAAAGAAACAGGAUUGGAAGUGGUGGCACUGGUGAUGUUUACAAGGGUGUCCUGCAGGACCGACAAGUCAUUGCCAUAAAAAAUUUGCAUGCUAGUGUUGCCGUCAUUGACGACAACCGGCUAUACGAUGAAAUUAAUGUUUUUGUACAUCUGAAGCACAAAAACAUAACUAGACCUCUGGGAUAUUGCCACGAAAUGAGAAUGGUCUUGAUCAGCCAUAAUGGAAAAUAUGUUGGAGCUCAACAAAGAGAAUUUUGUUUUGUAGAAGAAUACAUGGAAAACGGAAGUAUGGAGAAUAUUAUCUAUGGGUCCCGAUUUAUUGGUUGGUCCUGCCGCUUCAAAAUGAUUCAGGGGAUAGCCCAGGGGCUACAUUACCUACAUGAGCAACGUGUCGUCCAUAUGGAUCUGAAACCAGCCAACAUCCUCUUCGAUUCUGAUAUGAAUCCUCGGAUCAGUGAUUUUGGCGUAGCUAAAAAGUUGGACCUUGGUGUUGAAAAAACCAGCGAUGACACCAAUAUAGUUGGCACAAUGCCUUACAUGCCUCCAGAAUACAUUGACCAAGGAACUGUGUCAACGAAGUGCGAUGUGUAUGCUUUUGGCAUCACCCUCCUUGGGACCAUUAUUGGCAGAAUGAGCAUGUCUUCGUCCAGUUAUUCAUGGAAUCCAAUUCAAUGGGCUUUUGAAGCUCGGGACGAUUUACGGAUGGAGUUGUUUAAACCGUCAUUGUGUUGCAAGUCUCAGCUAAUGCAGAUCAAGAAGUGCAUGGAGAUUGGGCUCCUGUGUGUUGAGCAAGACAGGGAACAUAGGCCCACCAUGGCGGAUGUGCUUGCGAUGCUAAAUGGUGUGAAAGAGUUGCCAGCUCUAAAGCGGCCAUGGGGCAUCGAGUAGGGCGGAAGCGGCCCUGCAACCUUAUUUGUCCAGAUUGCUUGUGCCUCUAAUUGUCCCUAAAUAAGAAACGUGUGUCUCUAGUGACGUGGCUUGACCAUUUGAAUUACUUUUUACUCCCGUUCUCACUUGUAUUGAAAAAGAAGGCUGGAGGCGUAACACGUCCUUGUCUAGAAUUUGUAUGGUCAGGCCAUUCUUUAAGAUUUCAUACUUAUAUUUUCAAAAUGACAUAUAAUUUUACAACUC